GUGACUUUGAGGACAGAAGUAGGGUUCAAGCGUUCUGUCAGAAGUCCACCAGAGGAGGAGAGUGAAGUCGACGGUUCUGCACUUUAUUUAAAACCCCUUUUAACCUUGUACGGUUUUAACACUGAAUUCGCCGCCAUGCCGAUGUUCGUGGUGAACACAAACGUGUCGAAAGAUGCGGUUCCUGCAGAUCUGCUGUCUCAGCUCACCGAGGAGCUCGCCAAGGCGACGGGGAAACCCGCCAACUACAUCGCUGUGCACAUCAUCCCAGAUCAGAUGAUGAUGUUUGGAGGCAAAUCAGAUCCCUGCGCUCUCUGCUCGCUCCACAGCAUCGGAAAGAUCGGAGGAUCACAAAACAAGCAGUAUUCCAAACUACUGAUGGGCAUCCUCAAGAAACACCUUGGCAUUUCACCAGACAGGAUCUACAUUAACUUUUUUGACAUGGAGGCGGCGAACGUUGCCUGGAACAACUCCACCUUUGGCUAAAGAGAAUCGAUUUUUUUCCCAUCUAUUGCUCAAGCACUCAUUCCUUCAGCUGCAGAACUAAUAGGCAGUAGAGCACUAAACAAUGGUUCCUACACAGCACUUAAUGUAGAUUUGCUUUAAAACUUCUUUCAUAGUGGCUAUAAGCAGAUAAGCGUGUUUUCCUAUGACGAUUUAUCUGCUGGCAGUGGACGUCACAAAUCUUGAAACUAAAUAAAUGUUUAAUGUAAAUCAAAUGUUUGGACGCCAUGAGAUUCAUAUUUACAAACUGUGUAUAAUAAUGGAGACUAAGCUGCUUUACAGGGUUUUAACUACGUCCUUGAAAAGUAAUAUACCAAACGUCUAUGACUUGAAGCAAAUAUGGAUAAAACUUGCACCUUUAAGACUAGAUCAAAAGGAUAUCAGAAACAUUUGUUAUCGGUUGUGUGUAGCCAGUUAAGUCAUAGCAGGAAAAUAAACAAUGCUGUUUGUAGCCACUAUGUUAUAUGUUACAUGCAACAAAUUGUACAUGCUUUGAUAAGGCAAUAAAACGAUUUGUUCGUG